AUGAACCCGUCCGAUAGAUUCAACACAUCAGUCUUCAGCUCGGAUAUGGAUCAGUCCACUUGUUCUGACAAUUCCUCUUUGAAUUCAAGCAUUCUCGAUAACAACUCAGGAUCUCGUCAAACCCUGUACAUUCACGCAGACAGCCUCGAGAGUUUGGAUGAGCUGCUGGUGGAUGACGACGCAGCAGAGAUUAUGGCCUUCAAGAAUACCAGCGCCCUCUGUGAUGACCUUCGUUUUUUAAGUGGGAUGCCUGAAAUCUGUGACGUCAAGUUCCGCGUGGGACAAGAGCGCGCUCCAGUGUAUGGUGUCAAGGCCAUUCUAGCCACGCGCAGCAGAGUAUUUUAUGAAAUGAUUAUUUCUGCACAAAAGAACCAAGCCAUCGUCGGAUCGAAAUCAAAACCCGGGAGAACACUCAGGUUUCUUUCUAAACUUCUAAAACUACGCAGGAGAAAUCCUCCCUCUGUUACUCAGCAGAGUCACGUGACUAAUAAAGAUCACCUGACCAUCGACGUCACUCAGUUCUCCGCAGAUACGUUUAAACGAGUUGUACUAUAUCUUCAGUGCGGGAGCACAAGUGUCAGUCUGCACAACGUCAUAGGUGUAAUGAACGCGGCGGAUACGUAUGGCGUUGAAGAUCUCCGAGCGGCCUGCUUUGAGUUUGCUUUACGGUUCAUCACCCUCAGAACUGUCCUACAUCUGUUGGUGUCGGCUGACAUGUACUCUGACUACAAGGGGACAAAAGCUAUCGUGGCAAAGAUUUUUGAAUACAUCGAAAGACAUGGAGAAGACGUCAUUCGGCAACCUGGGUUUGAAACUCUGCCUGAACAAACGGCCAUUUUAAUUCUUUCCAGAGCAACUUUGAGAGCCAGUGAAGGUGCUAAAUGGGAUGCUGCACUGCGAUGGAGUAGAAAGCACCUUCACACCCAGGGACCUAGUGGAUUAAGGAGUGUUAUCCAGCCUUUCAUAGCGCAUAUAAAUCUGCUCAAAAUUCCAUUACCUAAGCUUAGAACCGAGAUAAGACCACUGUGUGUCGUCCCUGAUGACAUAAUCAACCGUGCGAUCGUGCACCAAGCUAGCACGCGCCUUGUGAUUGGCCAAGAGAGAUAUCCGGUCGCAACGUGGAACGCCUCCCAAAGGCCGCGCAGACGAUCUGUCGACUCCAUCACGUGGGCACGCAAUUACGUUCGGCGGAGGUCGUCUCUGAGCUCGGCAAUUUCCGACACCUCACGAAGCGCUAGUUGUGAUAGUGGGUUUGUCUCGUCUUCAGAUGAAGGCUAUAUGGUGUGA